AUGAGUUCUGACAUAGUUUUCUCUACAAAAACCACUGCAAGUUAUGAUAAGUUCUCAAUUGUUAUGUAUAUUUCGGAAGGAUUUCUCAUUCUGCUGGUCAAUAUAUUUUUGGCGAUCAAGUUAUUCAGUCAUCCAAAUUUGAGAUGUCAAAAAGAAUUUGUGGUUAUUGGAUCGUGUAUUGUUUUUGAUAUAUUUUUUGGUAUGACUUAUUUCAGUGCUGGAGUUUUUCGACUUAUUGUUAUUCUCAAAUACGAAUGUAAGUAAUGACUUUUCUAUUUUUUUUUGUCAGAAACUAUAAUGUACUUGCCUACAUUAUAUUCUGUCAUACUUUUUCAGAUUUUCCGCUUGUUUCGAUGUUUGAUUGUUUCUCCACAAUUCAUAAUCAACUUUUUAUAAUUAUAACAAUAAUGGCUGGAAUUCAACUUUUUUCCACUGCCAUCGAUAGAUUUAUCUGUAUAUUUUUCCCAUUUUUCUACAUCAAAUUACAUCAUGAAUAUUCUUACUCGAUCAUGUUUUUACCAUAUUUAAUUUUAAUACCUUUAUGGAUUCCUGGGUUAACUGGAGCUUAUGAAAAUCGACUUGUGAAAAACGUAAGUUUAUGGAAUGCAUAAUUUUUCAUACUUAUUUUUCUUCAAUUCUCAGUUUACAAUGAAUUGUUUGCUGAAUCAAUCAAUUACAGUAAACUGGUAUGUUUAUUAUCGAACAAUUCGGAUAGUUUGUACAAUCUUAUGUAUUUUUAUCUACGUUCCAAUUUUUGUGAAAAUGUGCCUGGUAAGAUAAGUUUUCCUAAUUGUUUCAAAUAUAAUUUUAGCGUUCACAGAGUAUCCAAAAUCACACAAAACUUGUUCCCGGUUCUACGAAAAACAAUAAAAGAUUAUUGAGUAUGACAAAAACAGUGGCUCUAAUAACAGGAAGCACAUUUAUUCUAUUUACAAUACCUGAUUUGAUAACUUAUUUUUAUCCAUUUGUCAAUUCAAAUGUUAUGUAUUUGAUGAAUUUGAACAAAGGAGUUGUGAAUAUUUUGAUAUUUAUGACAACUCAAAAAACACUUCGACAAUUGAUGUUUCCAACAAAAAUUCAAGAAAUUCAAUCAGAAGCUUUUUCAUCGCGGAAAAAGAAUACUACUGUAGUUCAAAUUGGUUAA